CAAUUCAAUCCCACUGAUCCUGUCAGCUUUCAGGAAAUAGAAGUGCAAGAAAUACUAACAAUACCUCAAACUGUAAAAGACCAUCUAGAGAAGGUUUUAAUGAUUCAUAACAAAGUUAAUAAGCAACUUGAAAAAACAAGAAAGCAGAUACAAAAAAAUUCAAGCAUUCACUGCUGCAAUAAUACCUACAAACCUGGUCAAACUGUAGUUAGUAUGACAAAUAAUAACAAGACUAUUAUUGUUGAAACGUCCAAAGGUAGUACUAUAUGUUAUCUUGUGAAAAAG